AUGAUAGAGACUUUCAACCAUACAAGCGACAGGCUGACAAAGAAUACUGAUUAUAUUGAGCAGGAGAAAAGACCGAUGUGCCAGCCAAGGCAUCUUAAUGGUCCUCUUGAUGAGAUACCGGCUAGUGCAGGGCGUCAAAAGAGACAUAGCUCUAAUCCUUAUAACUCCGCAGAGUCUACCGGUGUCAAGAGACGUGUGGCGAACCAUGACGAUGGAAUAACACAGUUUCUAGAUAACGGGGCAAUUCCUAAUACCCCGUGCAAAGAACCUGUUUCUUCCAGGAGGCCUAGCGCUACGAGAAGGACAGUUAAUAGGACUCCUCGUUCGACCACGUCGUACGUAGCUGACGCAUCUGCAUCUCCUUACUGUUACUCGCCAAACAAUUCGAACUUGCGUAUUGAUCAUCUUUCAAGAAUGGUUAACAGCAGUGGGGUCAGCAUUCCCAACGUUUGUCGGGAUCCAUCGUUCCUGAGCAAAGAGGCACAUAUUGUCAGUGAUGGCCAGGAUACAGGGACGAUCUCAAUUAAUAGUGGUGAAGUCAAUGAUCAGAGCCAAGACAAUUCUGCAAACGACGAAGGGCGUGACGACAAUAACGAAAACGAUAGCAUCAGGAAUAAAAACAGCAAUAACGAUAACGAUAAUAACAGAGAAAAUAACAAGGAUAACAAUGGCAAUGUGCCGUCAGUGGUUGUACCAUCGAAAAAAUCAAGCCAGGCACUUGUUCAGAAAUUGCAAGACAUUUAUAAGGUGAUUGUUAAACAGGAAAUUGAGUUACAGGAGCGUUGUUCUCAAUUAACAAACUCUCAAACCACUGAAUUAAAACAAUUAUGGGUCAUUUACAAAGUGAACUCGGAUCUUAUCAACAAUUAUGUUACAUUCAUUACUACAGCCCUCUUACCACCACAGUCGGAUCAAGAUCUCGCCAUUGGACAGGAGAUCGUAGAGAUAUAUCGAAUUGAAAGAAGACUUUGGGUAUAUGGUACAAUUACUUUUCUUGAUGUUUUGAAAAAUUUCUCCAAUUUCAUGGACCCUGAAGUCUGUGCCCAAUUCAUUACUCACGUAUUCAUCUCGAUCUCAAAUAUGUUGGCCGACAUACCUUCAAGAUAUGCGAUCCCUUGGUACCAAAGGUUGGGUGACCUAUCAAGAAUGGCAAUAGCUCUUUAUCCCUCCGGUUUCAUCGAUUGGAAACUGAGUGCAGAGCAUUGGUACAUGGAGGCGAUGAAGUAUAUUUAUGGUCAUGGUAAACUGUACUAUCACAUGUCUACAGUUCAACAAAAUACUUUAGAAGCAUUUGUGAAUUUGGGUAAGAGCGUUUUCUGCCAAGAUACUUUUACCCCUUCACAACAAUACAUGCAACUGGUUAUUGAUAACAUUUAUCAGCGUGCAUUCGUGGAACGGAAUAAUGGUAAUCAUAGAAACUCUCAGUUAAUCGAAUAUCUCAAACACAGCGAAGUUAUGUUAUUACCGAGCUUCCUCGAAAGCACUGAUCUACAACAAGUGGUACUAAUAUAUUUCAGGGACAAGUUUGGAAUGGAUACAAAUGAAAAUAACAUCUUCGACACAAGACAAAUGUUUGAUCAGAAUCCCGAUCAAUUGAAGUAUUUCUUCCGUCAUGCUCCUGCAUUCGCAGAAUCCCAUAUUUUGCAAUUGGUCGGUUUCGGUGACCCAAAGAAUCCUUUUGCGCUACUUUUCGAAUUACCCAGGUGUUUGAAAGAUAGGAGGGAUAAGAAGGAAAAAAGAAAGACAAAGUCUUCUGUAACUACCGAGACUUCCAGCGCCAUGGCCAUCGAUGAAGAAGAAUACAUUGAUUCUUCUUUUUCUCUAGGUGCUCAGGUACAGCAAUUUUUCGAUAACAUCGACUCGCUAACAUCACCGUACCUUUUCCCUCCGUCGUUGGAGGUGUGGAACUGCUCGCUUAAAUAUCUCAACAUCACGAGUCUACACUGCAGCAUGAUUGUUCUGAAGAAAUUUCUCGAAGGCCCCAUGGUUGUUGCGUUACCUCAUCUGUUACCUUGGGCUUAUUUCAUCAUUGCUGUAGUGAGUAAAGUUCAGCACAUAACUGAUGGUGCAAGUCGUGAAUUUUGGUUGGAACUAGUGAACCGCAUCUUUCCUUGGAACACUAUAGUGAAUUUUUUGAACGUCUUAAUCGCAUAUACGCUCGACAACAUUCAUCCAUCAUUGCCAAUCGAUCCACUCUGUGAGGAAUUAUCUACUAUGGGCCUUGACCAACUGGUCGAACAUUUUAACAAUAAUGAAGACCUUCCGGAAGUUUGGAAAUGUUGGGGACUACUAUGGUUUGAUGCAAUAUGUGACAAGGAUAAGGUACAAAUGGAUAGUUAUGAAAGCGCUGGAAUCAAGGAUCAUAUGUUCUUGGAUUUACCAAUUGAUGGAAUCGGUUUCGAUCGUGAUGAUGAGAGUGGCAUAAAAUUCUGGAAAAGAGCUUGUCGUGUCAUUUUCCUCUUUAAACGUAUUGCUGAAAAUUUCCAAACCAGGUUAGUCGUGAGUUCUCAGGCGCAAGUACAUUGCCGUAGGACUGAUCCAAUGAAUCACGUAUUGAAAUCCUUCUGUUUCAAAUUGCGCGACACCUUUUACAAUUCGAACUCAGUUUUACAAAACACUAUUGAAGUAUUCGAGGAAGGAAGCGAUGCUAACAAAGACAUGCAAAUGACCCCUCAGCUAAGCGUCUUGGAGAACGAAAGCAUUUUCGGCUACGUUGGUUACAAGAGACUCUUAUCUGAUCUUUCAUGUUACGACAGAGGCGGGGAGUUUGUCAGCACAUCGCUAUACACUUCGUGGGGUAAUGAAACUUCGAAGAACGAGAUUCCUCAAUCCGAACCCACGCAGCAGCAAACGGCGAACGAGGCCGAUCUUUUCAUCGAAGGCAUAAAUACUUCCUUAACCGAGUUCAACAUUGAUUUCCCCGAGUGUAAGAUGAACGGUAAGGACACCUUUUUUGUCCUGGACGCUACAUCGUGGCUACGACAUUUUGCACACGUUUACAAGUUGGCAUCAAAUCAAGUCUUGCAAUUUGCCAUCUGUUUAACGACAUUCCAAGAGUUGAGAUUUUUACGCAAGUCCAAGGACGAAAACGUUGUCGAAGCCGCCACUAGAGCUGUCAUUACAGUAAGACAGUUAUACACAGAGAAUAGAAUCCUGCCAUUGAGGUUCACUGGUAACGUUGCGACUCACAUUGAAGAGCACCUAGAAUUUGAAGAACAAAUCACGUGGCGGUCGCAUGUGGAUGAAUUUGUUUUCGAAGCCAUCAAAAAGGCCCAAGCCAGGCUGAGUCAGGAGAAUCGUGAUUUUCACCACGUCGUUCUGGUAACCGACGACGCCAAUAUGCGCCGCAAGGCGCAACAGCAUGCGAUACAUACUUUGAGUACCCGAUUCGUGUUUGCUACUUGCAACGCAGUUGGGAAUAGACUGAAGAUUUGUACCAAUUAA